CCAGCGGCGUGACCCAUGGCUGGCACUGCCUGGUGCUGUGGCUGCUCCUGCCCCCCUGCGCUGGCCCUCUGGGCUUUUCCCUCUCAGCCCGGGGAGUACCGCCAACAACUCCUUAAUUCCCUAGGUUCUGAGUUAAGCUCAGACCUUCCAGAAGACAGCUACUCUUCAGGAGGUGAAGCUCUGGAUGGUGAUGAUGAAGAUGAAGCAGCAGGCCCUGGCAACGUGGCUGAAGAGGCAACAAGCUCCAAAGGUGGUCCAAGUUCAGGAUGGGCAGAUGCCAUGGCAAAAGUGCUCAACAAAAAGAUUCCACAGAAUAAGUCCACCAUCUUGUCCAAGAAUAAAAGCCUGGAGAAGGAGAGAGAGAAAAAAAAACAAGAAAGGCAAGAAAAGAAGAUGAGGCUCGAUAAAAAGCGGGAAUGGGAAAUGAUGUGCCGAGUGAAGCCAGAUGUUGUCAAAGACCGAGAGAAGGAAAGAAAUCUUCAGAGAAUUGCCACAAGAGGUGUUGUACAAUUAUUCAAUGCUGUCAGGAUGCACCAGAAGAAAAUGGAAGAGAAGGUGAAGAAGGUUGGGAGCUCUGAGAGGAAGCGUGCUAAACUGAUGUCUUCUGUUUCAAAGAGAGAUUUCAUCGAUGUUCUAAGAAACAUGGAGGGGGCUAAAGGAGGCAAGAAUCCAGCUGGAAAGGCCACAAAAAGUAAACAGGGUGAAGUGAAAUCUGAAGAGGGGCCAGAAUGGAAUAUUCUCCGUGAUGACUUCAUGAUGGGAGCAUCUAUGAAGGACUGGGACAAGGAAAGUGAUGGAGAAGGCAACAGUGAAGAAGGAGGUGGUCUGAAACAAGAAGAUGACAGUGACUGAAUGAAACUGAAAACCAUUCAAGAUAAUUUUUUAUCUUUUUAAGUUUGUUUGGAUAAAAAGCCAGCAUUCUAUGAAUGUACAACACUUGGAGGAUACCUCUUUUAAAAGGAAAAAAAAAAGACUUACACAACCUUGGAGUGUUUUCUCCUCCAUGUCAAACUUUUAUUUAAUAUAACUCCAUUUGCUAUACUGAAAUCCUGAAAUAUUUUCCAAAACAAGUAUAAUUUUCAACAUAUUUCCAAAACAUUUUGUACAGUCAAAAUAGUGGCACUUGCCCAAUGAAAGAUAGAUUUUGCCAAGGUCAUUAAAAGUUUAUACAUUAGUCAUGGCAAUUGAUGUAUUAGUGUGCCUGCAUUUCCAAAUCACUGCUGUACUUUGAGAAGUUGUUGCAAUUUGCAAUAGAAAUGGCUUACAAUAAACACAGAAAUGCCGUCACCUUGUAAAGUUAUCGGACUCCUAUAGAGUCUUUACUACUUUGGCCAGAAAAGGUUCUGUAGAUAAUAAAGGAAAGUAACCAUUAA